ACAAUAAGAAAAAACAUCUUCUUCUUCUUCACCUUAACACAGCAAAAAAAAAUGGCGUCCAUAGCUGGUGUUAGUAUCACAACGCCAAGAAUUUCAGCCAAAUCAUCCGAUUCCCCCAAAAUUCAACCGUUGAAAUUCCAAACCCUAAACAGUCCAUGGAAGAAAUCAGGUCAAUUCGGUUACGGGAGGAUGUAUGUAGUAGUACCCAGAGUAGUUCCGGAUAAGAAGCUAUCUGAUUUAGUUGCGGAAAGUGUAAAAGAAGCUGAAGAAGCUUGUGCGGAGGAUCCGGUGAGCGGUGAGUGUAAGGCGGCGUGGGAUGUGGUGGAAGAGACGAGUGCGGCGGCGAGCCAUGCGAGGGAUAGGAAGAAGGAAUCAGAUGUGCUGGAGAAUUAUUGUAAGGAUAAUCCAGAAACGGAUGAAUGCCGCACUUAUGAUAAUUGAUUAUGAUUAUGAUGAUAGUUGCUACUCAUGUGUUGUGUUUUUUUUUUUUUUUUUUUUUCUGUUUUCAAAUGGUAAUUUGAUACUCACUCCUCUGUUUUAUCUCCAUGAUGAAUAUUGCAAAAGGUAAUCUUAUCUUAUGUAUGGUGUUUAAUUAUACCUACUCGAACGAAUUUUAAUUUAUGUGAUAUAGUUUGAAUGAACAUGAAAUUGAAAAUAGUUUUUCCACCUUUAAAA